ACUACAGCAGAGACAGAGAGAGAGAGAGAGCGAGACAGAGACACGGAGAGAGAGAGAGACCGGACUGAGUGUGAGGACGGACACUGCUGAAAAGCGUUCGAGGACCGACCAUCACCGGAGUGCGUCUGCGUGUGUGUAUGUGCGCUGCACGUGUGUGUAUGUGUGUGUAUAUGCCCGCGAGUGUGUGUUGAGUCGCAGCAAUGUUGGAACACUCAUCCGAGCGAGGCUUUGUGCCCAGUGUGUGUGUGGACAGCAUGCGUUACCCUACCACCACCAACAACCCCGUCACCAUGAGGACCGCUGAGGAACUGCUGCUGAGUAACGGCACAGCUGGUAAGAUGAACGGGGCUCUGGAGCAUUCGGACCAGCCGGACCCGGAUGCCAUUAAGAUGUUUGUGGGUCAGAUUCCUCGCUCGUGGUCAGAGAAGGAGCUGAAGGAGCUGUUUGAGCCGUACGGAGCCGUUUACCAGAUCAAUAUACUGAGGGACCGCAGCCAAAACCCUCCACAGAGUAAAGGGUGCUGUUUUGUCACGUUUUACACACGGAAAGCUGCCCUAGAGGCCCAGAAUGCACUGCACAACAUAAAGACCUUAACUGGGAUGCACCAUCCCAUUCAGAUGAAGCCUGCAGAUAGCGAGAAAUCUAAUGCGGUGGAGGACAGGAAGUUGUUUAUUGGGAUGGUGUCGAAGAAGUGUAACGAGAACGAUAUCCGGGUUAUGUUUUCCGCUUUCGGCCAGAUUGAGGAGUGUCGCAUCCUGAGAGGACCAGACGGACUCAGCCGAGGGUGUGCGUUUGUCACGUUUUCUACCAGGGCAAUGGCACAGAAUGCAAUCAAAGCCAUGCAUCAGUCUCAGACCAUGGAGGGCUGUUCCUCCCCCAUGGUGGUGAAGUUUGCUGACACUCAGAAGGAUAAAGAGCAGCGAAGGCUGCAGCAGCAGUUGGCUCAGCAGAUGCAGCAGCUCAACAGCGCCUCCGCUUGGGGGAGCCUGACCGGCCUGACCGGCUUAACCCCGCAGUAUCUGGCAGUAAGAGGCCACACCCACGCAACCACGGCCACCAGCAGCGCAGCCAACGCCGCCGCCGCAUUGCUACAGCAGGCGACCUCCUCCAGUAACCUGGGAGCAUUCAGUGGCAUCCAGCAGAUGGCAGGUAUGAAUGCUCUGCAGUUACAGAAUCUGGCCACUCUAGCAGCAGCUGCAGCUGCAGCGCAAAGCUCUGCCAGCCCUUCCACCGCUAGCGCCCUGACCUCCAGCACAGGGUCCCUGGGAGCCCUGGCCAGCCCAGCAGCAGGUUCCACUGCAAACUCCAGUGCAGGAGCUAUGAGUUCUCUGGGUUCUUUGGGAACUCUGCAGGGGCUGGCUGGGGCCACUGUCGGGCUCAACAACAUUAAUGCACUAGCAGGUAGCGUCAACAUUGCUCACAUGCUCUCAGGUAUGGCUGCCCUGAACGGAGGUUUGGGCAGCACUGCGCUCAGUAACGGCUCGGCUGGGCCCAUGGACGCUCUCACCCAGGCUUACUCAGGGAUCCAGCAGUAUGCAGCAGCAGCCCUGCCAACCCUAUACAGCCAGUCUCUACUGCAGCAGCAGAGUGCCGCCGGCAGCCAGAAAGAGGGACCAGAAGGGGCCAACCUAUUCAUCUACCACCUGCCGCAGGAGUUCGGGGACCAGGACAUUCUGCAGAUGUUCAUGCCUUUUGGAAACGUAGUGUCCGCCAAAGUCUUUAUCGACAAACAGACCAAUCUGAGCAAGUGCUUCGGUUUCGUCAGUUAUGACAAUCCUGUGUCCGCGCAGGCCGCCAUCCAGGCGAUGAACGGUUUUCAGAUUGGAAUGAAGCGCCUGAAGGUGCAAUUGAAGCGCUCCAAGAACGACAGCAAGCCCUACUGAUCUUAGCUCUAGGGCCAGUCCUCUCUCUCUUUACACUGCUAGGGUAAGUCCCCACCGCUGCCACGGUACCACACUGGGACCCCGGGAGGGAAGGGGGGAUCACGAGGGGAGUUUCACCCUUAUACCACUAGAGGGAGCUGCUUUCCCUAAACGUUCUUUUUAAAGCUUUUUUGAUGACAGUAUUAUUAUUAUUAUUAUUAUUAUUAUUAUUAUUAUUAUUAUUAUUUCGUUUCUAUUUUUCACAUGAACGCUUCCAUUUUUGCCAUUAUUUUGUAUGACUUGCGAUGAAUGAAUUGCUACUAUUGCUAGUUUUUGUUUUAUUAUUAUUAUUAUUACUAUUAUUAUUCUUUUGAGUUGUGUAAAUUAUUUAAUUUGUUUUGUUUUGUUUUUUUAAAGUAAAUAUUUAUAUGAUGCCUAUUUCGUUUCAUGAUGACGACAACAACAGCAGAAAGGAAAGAUCUCUAAACUACGAUUAGUUUCUCUUUGUGAACUUGAGGCUUGUGAGAACGCGUAGGAAUGGGUCAGACCUGAGCAAAAGCACCAAUAUGCACGUUAAACCUUUUUUUUUUGCCCUUUGACCUCUGGUGUCGGCUGCGGGCUCCGCUGCUUCUUUGACCCCUCGGCCCACCGGCACCAGAGACAAAAGGGUUAAACCCGCUGUGGCCUCUCUGUAGUCGAACGGCAACAAACUGCCAAAACAGACUCUCCACCAACACCUGCCAUUAAACAUUAUAACUCCUUUCUUUUAGGUUUUUUUUUUAUUAUUAUUAUUUUUGUCAGACGGGACUUUUAAUUUAGCAAAAAUUAGUACCUUAGUUUAAACUUUUAUGGGUCCGAGCGUUGCGGUUUUUGUCACACAGAGCAUUUUUUGUGUAGAGCAUUUAAAAAAAGAUUUUGAUCUGUUGAAGGCUUAAAAAAAAAGAAACUAACAAAGCGUUCUAAGUUUCGGGGUGGGUGGGGUUAAAACUGAAAAUACUUGAUGUUUAUUGAAAGAAAAAAAAAAUUAAAGUACAGAAAGCCACAGGCCUGUAAAUUUUAUUUGUAAAAAAAGCAGUUCUAUUUUUAUACAGAAUUUCUACUGCCUCUGAAGUAAAAGACUUUAUUUAUUAUGGUUAAGUUAUUGGGUUCCUAAAGACGUGCUCUCACUAUUUGGAGCCUUGUUCAGUCUUCUGAACCCACACAACCUGUUGUGUGAAGAGAACACAGAAUCACCCCCUCUUCCCCUUUUUCCUCAUCUCUCUUACCAUUUCCUUACCUUUUCUUUAUCUAUCUAUCUCUCUCUCACUCUUUAUCUCUCUCUCCCCCUCACAACUCCUUUCUUCCAUCUGUCACGUUACAUUUCUGUCUUAUAGGGCUGCAUGACAGUAAAAAAGUGACAGUGUUUUUUCUGGUUAUUAAUCACAGAAUUAAAAAUGACUUGUUUGUAAACGUGUAGUCUCAUCACAGCCUACAGAAAUGCCUUACUGUCCGUUAGGUGGGCUGAACUUCUGUCGUUAGUCCUUAAUAAGAACAGCUGGAACCUGGUGUGAUGGUAAAGUGCACAGUGGUUAAACAUGGUGGUGGUAGUGCACUAAAGAAUACUGACUAAUCUAACUGAAAAUACAGCAUAAACACCACUGCCUUUUUAUAUUCAACCAAUUGCAGAGUCCAAAAUUGAGAAUUGUGGAGCCCUACAUCUUACCUUUCUUCUUUUAUCUCUCUUUCUUUUUCUCUCUUAUUCCUUCCUUUACUCCUUCACUCUGUCCCUCCUCAUGAGUAGUGGCACUUCAUAUGUGCGAUCUCUUUCUUGCUCCGUCUCCUUAUGUUUCAUUUAGCUUCGUCUGGUGUUUUGUUUUGUUUCGUUUCGUUUUUUGUGCGUUCCAAAAAAUUCGGAUAUUUAUUCCCCACCCCCCAAAGUCACAAUCCAUCUAGCUGUCUCAAACAAGGGACGAGAAACUGAUGGAUACUUUUGGGUGCUAUGUGCGUGUGUGUGUGUGUGUGUGUGUGUGUGUGUGUAUGUGUGUGUGUGUGUGUGUGUGAGUGAGAGACUGUUUCAUUUCUGUAUAUGUUUACUCAUUUGAAAUAUGUGUUAAAACAUUUAUUUAAAAAGUGAAAAAUAAUAAUAAAAAAAAAUCCUCUAUUUAGAAUGGUUCUGUUGGUGCACAGCUGGUCAGUAGCGCUGUUGUUGUUGUCGUCGUUUUUGUUGUUGUCAUUGACGUUAUUGUUGUUUGUUCGUUUGUUGUUCUCAUGGGUUUAAUGCUGUAGUUGUGUGCCAGAGCUGUGUGUGUAACUCUCCUCUCCCGUUUUCUUCCCUAGAACUCAUCUCCAUGACUCUUUGCUCAUCGUUUGCCUAGCAUGUCUACGUGGCGUUCAAAAAAAAAAAAAAAAAGUCUCAUCGUCUCGUCAUUGUUUCCGAUGUCUUUCUGAGUUCUCCUGAUCAUAACCUGGUCUCCUCCUACUGAUCUCUCAACUUUUGAUCUUAGCUUGAUCUCUUUUUUUGGGAUUUUUUGUUUGUUUGUUUCUGCAUGUGACCUCAUUUUGAGCUUAUAUUUGGUUUGUUUUUGUUGUUUUAUUUUUUCUUUUUUUUUUCCUUUUUUUGUUCUUGGAAUAACGGGUGGGGGAGGGAUGGGGGAAAAAGAAGGAAAAAUGUGAAAAAGCUGCAUUCACUCACACAAAUAGGUAGAGUAUAUUUAAUACCAUAACCAGAAGCAUUGUUUUAAGAAAUAAAAAAAUAAUAAUAAAUAAAUACAUUUAAAAAACCUGUGGCAAAAUGAAAAUUAUUUUCGUUUCUGUUUGUUAGCUCAAUAUUUUUGUCCUCUUAUUUUUAGACUUUAUUUUUUUCUUUCUUUCUUUUAUUCAUUUAAAAUAAACUUGAAAGUACAAUACAGGGAUUGGCUUUGGGACUUACUGUUGGCGCAUCUCGCAAAAAUAUGAGGCCAACAGUAAGAGCAUCAUGCCGGUUUCUAUGAGAAAUAGACUACUUCCACGCAGUUUUAAUAAAAAACUGUCCGAUUGAUAUUAGAGUCUCUCAGAGCUCGCUUGUGGUUUUUACAUUUUUCAGGCAGUGUAAAGUUUUUUGAUAAGGCCAUUUUAAGUGGCUUGGUUUCUCAUUAAAGUCUAUAUAAAACCACUUUUUUCUAGAGUAGUAAAGGUAUAAAAAAAACAAUAAAAAAGAGUGCCCUGUUUGGGGGAAAUGCUACCUACAUGUCACACCUUUUGCUGAACUGACCUACAGUUAGACAAUCCGUGGUAUAAAUGCACAUGAAAUGACCUAUAUUUUAUACUGUUUAAAUGUAUAGAGGAAAAAAAAGAGUUUGUGUGACCCGCGUUUCCGUCGGUGCUUUUCGUGGAUUAAGUCGUGGUUUCAUCACAAGUCUAAUAGUCUUAUUUGUCUCAUGUUUUUAAAGAGAAGACUAAAAUCAGUUUACUUGAACAUAGACAAAGCCUAUCAUAGUACUAUUGCUAUUACAGUAUAAUUGUUUUUCUUUUUUCUUUUCUUUUCUUUUAUGUUUUUUGUUUCUUUUUUAAGAGUCCCUAUUCGCUAAAAUUUCUUGUUGGGUAAUUAGCUAUAUAAACAUUUAACGAGUUAAAAUGUCAGCUUGUGAAGCAUCAAUGUCAUUAUUAUUAUUAUUAUUUUUAUUUCUAUUGUGGGAAACAAUAUUUAGAUGUGUUAUGUUGUUCGGCAAAAUGUGAUUUUUUUUUUCUUAUAAAGAAAAAAAACAAGAUGAGUGGAAUUUAGUGCCAAAUUCUGACGGUACAUCCUGCCUACAGCUUCAGUGUAUUACUUGUGAAAUUAUUUGAUAACAUGGGUAUUUUAUUACGUAAGUGUUUUGUAUGGAUCCCUCAUAUUUAAAGAUAUAGAUUUAAAAAAGGUUGUUAACUUGCUCUUCUGUGGUCUUGUUGCCUGAACUGUUCAUGUUUUUUGCUUUUUUUGUAAUGAUGUAAAAAGUGCCCAUGUGUCAUGCUCUCUCUCUCUCUCUCUCUAACUUUCUAUAUCUAUCUCUCUCUUAGACAAGCACACACACACAACAUUCUCUUUCACACAUACACUCGCACACAAACACACACAUACAAAACGACCACAUGCACGAGCACAUCCACACCCACAUGCACGCAUACACACACCUGUGCUAAAGGUUGACCUCGCAGCCCUCUUUUCUUUGACGGUGUGUGUAUGUGAGCCCCUGGGUACGAGUCUCAGCAGUGCACGUUCUUCACUCACAUACACUCACUCACACACACACAAACACAAACACACACUCAGAUUAAUGUCAAAGCACAAUUACAUAAAAAAGCUGCAGUGCCCCAAUAUUAUCUGCACACAUCUGAACUGCCAUCAUACUGAAUAUCACCCACAGGCAACUCAAGCUGAGUAACAGAUUUAUAGAUUAAAUGAAGAUGAUUGGUUAAAGACUUGAGGAUUAGUUGGCUGAUUGAUUGACUGACAGAUUCAGUUUGGCUGACUGAAAUAUUGUACAUGUAAAAAAAUCAUUACACUCACUAAACAUACUAUUUUGAUAUCAUCCGCAAUAUUAGCUUUCUUUAUAUCAUACACACAUAAACAUACACACACACUGAGCUCAAGGUAUGUGGUAAAACGUGUUUGUCGUUGGUCUUAAAAUGAAAAAAAAAUCGCCUCAGUUCCUUUUCUCUGCUUUUCGCUGCCUCUCUGCUUCUUCAGGACAAACUAUUCCAAGGUCUUAGGAAAAAGAAAAACACCCUGACGCCAAAGGAGAACAGGACUGUCCAUAGUAAUAUUUCCAACAGCACUUUGUCGAAACGUUUACACGUGUUGUAAAUGACCCGUAUGAAGCUUGUUUACAAGUGUAGUUUACAGCCAGCCCCCCUAAAAACCCUGUUUACUUCACUCUGAAGCACUAUUUUCUACCCAAAAUCUGCCGUUGCCUUAACACAGACGCUCAGUAUUAGUGGGGUGGAAUAGGCUGCUGCCUGUAUACAAAGAGUGCCAAGGUUAUGUGUGUGUGAGUGUAUGUGUGUGUGUUGUGAAUGCAUGUUUUGACCCAAUACUUGUUCAAAUAAAUGGUUAUUACCUUGACACCAAACCUAAAUGCUCUGAAAUGUUAGGAACGCAAUAAGAGGACAGCCCGAGUUCAAGUAGUGAGGUUCAGAUUGUAUGGCUUUAUCUUCAUCUGCCAAAUUCUCCCCAAUAAACAUGAAAUAUACUGUAUAUAACCGAACAGCCGUAACAUUAAUAUCUUUUGUGCUGUCGAAACAGCUCUGACAGAUUAAAGAAAAAAAUUGUAUACUUUUACAAGACCUCUGAAGGUGUUCUGUGGUGUCUGGUACCAAGGCUUAUUUUAAAGCUGAUUCUUUGUUGAACAGCUCUAAGCUCAGCCUGGCAUGGAACACGGAUUUCGUAGCACAGAUAGCUAACCAUCCUAUGCUCACCUACUAGCUAUUAGUAUGAGAUGCAUCCAACAUAUUUAUUAGGAUUUACUAUAACCUUUCUGGUCCGGAUUUGGCAUGACAGAAAGUGAUAAAAAUACACCAUAACAGCCCAAUGGAGAGAUAUACUUGCUGUUAAUUAUGUGUUUGGUUACAUGUGUUUGGUUACAUUAAAUGUGUGCAUCUUCAGAAAUUAACAUGUUGCAAGUUAAUCAGUUUUCAUCAAACUGAUGGAAAGUUUUAAGGAGCAGCUGUAUGAUGUGUCUUUUCUGCUGCUCAGCAAUUCAGAACAGCUGGUGAGAGAUCAGCAUCAUUUAAAAAGUCGAUGUGGAAACGUGUAAAUUAAAAUGGAAACUAAUCCAACAGUUAUCAGACACAUCAGCUGCCCUCUAGUGAAAGCCUCCAGUAACACGCUUUUCACUGAGACAAGUAUGAGAAAAAAUACGUGCAGCCGGACAUCUAUGUCAGCGCAUAGCCAAACAACAAGUAAACAUCUCUAUCCUUUGUAAUCAUUUGGUCUUACAAUUAAGGGAUCAAUUGAAAAUAAACUCUGACUGUACUGUCUGUCAUUUUAAAGCAUACCCGGAACACCCACAAGAUGUGCCUGCUGUUCUAACCCAGCCAUCUAGACAGCAAAAUGAAUUUGGUUCUUGUUUCGUAUUCUUGCACUUCUACAACACAUCAACUUCAAGGACUGUUUACUUGCUGUCUAAUAUACCCCAGAUCUUGACAGGGCACCACAGGAACCAGAUCAUCAGCGUUAUUCACUUAACCUGUCUGUGAUUUUAAUGUUAUGGCUGAUCAGUGUAUUACCUGUAUUACAUGUAUGGGUUAAAUCAGAGUGUGUUGGGGACCGCUGGGUUAGAUUACUUGCACAAGUAUGAAAGCACAUACAGACAAACACACACACACAAACGCACACACAGACACAUGCAUACACAUGGUAUUAGCACAAUUAUAGUAUGCAGUAUUACACCAAACUCAGACUAUUGACAGCUCUUCCAACCCAUAAGAUAAGAUGUCAACGAAAUGAUCAUUUUGAUAACAGAUAGAUGUUCAUGAACAGACAGUAUUAGGAAUAUUGCGCUGUUGGAGCAAACACAUGGGUUUAACCCCCAAAUGUGCUCACUGCCUCAGUGUUCAAAUGGGCUACUGUUUGCGUAAGUGUUGCAGUGUGUGUGUAGGAGUGUGUUUGUGUGUGUGCAUGCAUGUUGUUUUUAAUGAUACUUUGUCUACUAGUCUGCUUCGCCAGUAUCAAAACAAACAGGGUAAGAUUCCAUUACCACACUCUUAAACACACACACACAACCACACACACACACACAUUCAUACACACAUCUGUCAGAUGUUUAGUAAAGCACAAAUUCACAGGGGUCUUUGCAGAAGUGCUUGCUGAGGCUCUUUACUCAGGGGUUUUCUUCACCACACACAUCUUCUCUUAAAUCUGUUUGUUCUUUCUGUUUUAUAAUUUUUUUUCUUUCUUUCUCUUAAGUGCUAUUUAACAACAGUGUAUUUUAACUGAAAAAAGUGUAGUUUCUUUGCAUUUUGGCUUAUUAUGUCAAGUUUUUUGGAGAAAAAAACAAAUGUAUGUGUGUUGAUCUGAUGUGCCGUAUAAAAAAGCUUGUUGUCUGUAGAUUAAUAUCAUUUUGUUUGAUUCUAAAAGGAUUUAAAUAGUUUUAAGUAUUGUCUUGAGAAAAGCCAAAGUCAAUGCAUUUCAGUGGAUUCUGUAAGCGUGGUACAUGUUUGUUUGACAACACUUUGGAAUCUGUCAUUGGAUGGGAUUUAAAAAGUACAAAAAAGCAGGCUUUCCUAUUUCUAAAACUGAUUGUACUUAUGCCUUUUGUACCAGUGCAACUUUUUAUACUGGCAAUUAAAGAAAAAAAGAAAAAAAAAACUUAUUUGAGAGUCUGUCUGGCCCAAACCAGGGGUCAGCCAGCGGCUGGUUCCCGAGUUUGAUUUCUAGUUGGCAUCUGGAACGGUUAAGUUUUAAUAUAAAGAUUUUCUAGGAGAACUUUGGCUUGGUAUCUUUGACCUUGGACCUCUUCUUCUUCUUGUUCUUCUUCUUCUUCACUGCAGCGUUUUUUAAUUUCCUUUCUCUUGUUUUGUUCUGCUUUUUUGGAAAGAGGGUCGGGAGUUUUCCUUUUGGCUUAUAAAUAUACUUAAAAGCAGUUUGUCUUUUCAAACAGUCUUUACGACAGCGGUAAGUUUCAUUUCGUUCAGUAUUGUGCAGUCUCCAUGAUAAGACGAUUAGAAGAUUUAGAAGUAUUUAGUCACCUUCAGUGGAUAAAUGUAUUAGUUUGACAAAGAGAUAAAACAGUAAUUUGAGGACUUUUUGCUUUUAGCUGUUUAGAUUUUUCUGGUUUCUCUGUCCUUCGCUGUUAACCUAACUGUGUAGCUGAAGCAGUCGGACUUAUUUUUGUAAAUGUACGUUCUUGUGUGAUGCAGUUUUUUGCUUCUGUCUCCGAUAUUAAAUCAUUUUUCCUAA